UCAACUUUUAUUAAUGUUAUGUCAGCCUUUUCGCCACUUUCGUUAGCUUCUUUAACAUUUUUGGCCAUGAAAGACAGGUGGCAUCAUCUGGUGUUUAGUGGACACGUGGCAGAAUCUCGGUUGUGUUGGGAAAUUGUAAGGAAAUUGACUGAACUUGCUGAAGAAUUGAAAGGGCUUCUAUAAACUGUAAAACUAAGCAAAAUUCGUUUCAUGGCCGCCGUUCCCAAUUCCCACAGUCGAUUAUAUACACUCUUUAGAAAGCAAUUCUUCAAGCCUCAUGAAUCAACUUCCAGGUAUUAUUCUUCUCUACAGACCUCUACCCACAGUGAGAACGAUGACGAAGACGACGAAGAGCUGGACCAGGGCCACAGUGUUGAACCCAAACCACCCACCAAAACCAGAAGGGCUCGAGCCAUGGGUCGGCUCAUCAACUCCAAGCCCUGGUCGGAUGACCUUGAGUCCUCUCUCUCUUCACUCUCGCCCUCACUGUCCAAAACAGUGUUCCAGACCCUCCGCCUUAUCACAGCCCCAUCCAAAGCCUUUCAGUUCUUCAACUGGGUGCAGAAAAUGGGUUUCUCUCACACUGACCAGUCGUAUUUCAUGAUGCUAGAAAUCUUGGGUCGAAAUAGAAAUCUCAAUGCAGCACGAAAUUUGCUGUUUUCGAUCGAAAAGAGGUCUAAUGGAGCUGUUAAGCUCGUGGACCGGUUCUUUAAUAGCUUGAUUAGGAGCUACGGUCGAGCCGGGUUGUUCCAAGAGUCUAUAAAGCUUUUUACGACGAUGAAGUCGCUUGGUGUUUCACCUUCUGUUGUUACAUUCAACAGUCAUUUGUCGAUUUUGCUUAAACGGGGUCGAACUAAUAUGGCAAAGAGUGUGUAUGAUGAAAUGCUUAGUACAUAUGGUGUUACCCCGGAUACAUAUACGUUUAAUAUUUUGAUUAGAGGGUUUUGUAAGAACUCAAUGGUUGAUGAAGGGUUUUGGUUUUUUAAGGAAAUGUCACGUUUUAAUUGUGAUCCGGAUGUUGUAUCGUAUAAUACGCUUGUUGAUGGGUUGUGUAGGGUUGGGAAGGCUAGGAUUGCGCAUAAUGUGGUGAAGGGUAUGGGGAAAAAACGCAUGGAUUUGAAUCCUAAUGUUGUUACUUAUACAACUUUGAUUAGAGGGUACUGUAUGAAACAAGAGAUUGAUGAAGCUUUGGUUGUUCUCGAAGAGAUGGCUAGCCGAGGGCUGAAACCGAAUGUAAUUACCUAUAAUACUCUAAUUAAGGGGCUUUGUGAGGCAUCGAAGCUGGAUAAGAUAAAAGAGAUUUUGGAGGGAAUGAUGGAAGUUGGAGGAUUUACUCCUGAUACUUGUACAUUCAACACAAUAAUCCAGGCGCAUUGCAGUGCCGGAAACUUGGAUGAAGCAUUGAAUGUGUAUAGGAAGAUUUCGGAGUUUCAUGUCCAACCAGAUUCAGCUACAUAUAGUGUUUUAAUACGUAGCUUGUGUCAGAUUGGGGAUUAUGCUAGAGCAGAGAAGUUGUUUGAUGAGCUAUCAGAGAAGGAAAUCCUGUUUAGGGAUGUUGGGUGUAAGCCUCUUGUUGCUGCAUAUAACCCUAUGUUUGAGUAUUUGUGUGCAAGUGGGAAAACUAAUAAAGCUGAGGGAGUAUUUAGGCAGCUAAUGAAAAGGGGAACGCAAGACCCGCCAUCAUACAAAACUUUGAUCAUGGGGCACUGUAGGGAAGGUACAUAUGAAGCUGGAUAUGAACUCUUGGUCUGGAUGUUAAGAAGAGAUUUUGUGCCUGAUUUUGAGAUCUAUGAAUCCUUGAUUGGUGGUUUCCUGAAGAAGGGAAAGCCUCUUCUUGCUCAGCAGACUCUAGAGAAGAUGCUGAAAAGCUCUCAUCUCCCGAAAACGUCUACUUUCCAUUCUGUACUUGCAGAACUUCUUGAAAAGGGUUGUGCCCAUGAAUCUGCCAGUUUUAUAAUGUUGAUGUUAGAGAGAAAAAUUAGACAAAAUAUUAGUCUGUCAACAAAUUGUAUAAGGUUACUUUUUGGUAGUGGACUGCGAGAUAAAGCAUCUCGGAUUGUUGGCUUGAUUUUUGAAAAUGGGUACAUAGUUAAGAUGGAAGAAUUGGUUGGUUUCCUUUGCCAGAGAAGAAAGCUGUUAGAGGCACGUGAAAUGUUGCUAUUUAGCUUGGAUAAGAAUCAAAAUAUUGACAUCAAAAUUUGCAACACAGUUAUAGUGGGCCUCUGUAAAAUGAAGAAACUUUCAGAAGCAUUUGGUUUGUACUAUGAAUUGGCAGAGAAAGGAGUACAUCAACAGUUGACCUGCCAAUAUGAUUUGAAAACUGCCCUAGACGCUGGGGGAAGAUCAGAUGAAGCUGGGUUUGUGUCUAAGAGGAUGCCAGGACAUGUAAAGGCAGAGAGAGAGAGAGAGAGACCUGAUAAUUCCAGGCCAGAUAUGAAGAAGAAACCAGAUGUUGAUGGGAAAAACUCAGAAGCAAAAAGUCUGGGAAAUGCAGGAAGUGUUGGUGAUGGGCUGAGGAGUUUGGAAGAAGAUAUUGCUCCUGCUUCUCUUCAAGAGAAGCUGUUCUUGCAGUUGCAAAAAGCUUGUGAAGCAGAAUUUAGUGGCUGUGGCGCGGCAGCAGGGGCGGGUGCCUUGCACCCUUGCUGUCCGCUGAGCCAUGGCAUGAGGAAGGCAUGCCAUGGGUGCAAGGAAGAUGAUUCGGUGCUGUUGCUUGGAAAAGGCUUAGGAUACGGAAGGGAGUUCGUGGUUGGACCAUGCUGGAGCAUGGCCAGUGCUAAUGAGGCCCAAGAGCUGCUGUGGGGCGCAGGACAUGUUGACGAGAGCUUGAGAGAAGUGGCCACGUGGUGGCACUGUCCUGCCCAAGUGAUGGUGCUGGGCAUGAGUGCAAUGAUUGCACUAGAAGGCUUCUGCAUGUGCUGGGCCUGCAGAAGGAUUGAGUGGGGCAGUGGAACCGUCAGGGGCGCUGCCCAGGCUGCCUACACCAAGGAAGAGUGCUGCAGGGCGAAUGUGGUUGCUGUGUGCAGCAGUGAUGCUGUCAUGGGCGCUGCCCAAGCUGGCUGCAGGGGAUGGCGUGUUGCAGUGGACAAAAGGGGUGCUGCAUCAUGCCUGCAUGAGCUAAGCACGUGGCAGUAUGAUGGCUGGGCAUUGGAGAAGCUGCUGUUGCCUUGUGUGGGUGGCUGUGCGCUUGCAGGAGGGCCUGCAUGGGUGCUGCCUUGUGGCAGUGCGCCAGACAUGCUGUUGGUUGAAUUGAAAUGGACCAAGGAUGCUUCAUACACGUGGCCCGAGUAUUAUGGGAUGCUGAGAUGCUGCUGUGCAGGAGAGGCAUGGAUGGGCGGAUUCAAAUGGGCUGGACCGACUUCACUGAGUGUGCUCCAUGCUGUGAGAGUUAGUGAGGUGCUGAUUGAGUUGGGAGGUGUUGCUCCCGUAAAACUAGAUGCUGCGUACUGUGUUGUGUUGUGCUCUGAGGUGUUUGGUGAUUUCCCUAACCUCGGGUUGGUGCAAAAGAACCUCCUAAAGCUUGCUGGACAGUGGCUUGGGAAGGUGUUGGGGCUGCUUAGGACUGCUUGUACCUCCGGCCUAAACAUGUCAAGGAUCAACGGCAAUGGCGAUCCUGACAAAUAUCCUUCACAAACCAGACGCCUUCCUUCUCCAGGGAAGGCAACAAUCCUUGCUUUGGGCAAGGCCUUCCCUAGCCAACUCAUUCCUCAGGAGUGCUUGGUGGAGGGCUACAUUCGUGACACCAAAUGUGUGGACUCCUCCAUCAAAGAGAAGUUGGAGCGCCUGUGUAAAACUACGACUGUGAAGACAAGAUACACAGUAAUGUCCAAGGAGAUACUGGACAAAUACCCUGAACUGGCAACUGAGGGUUCAUCAACGAUCAAACAAAGGCUGGAAAUUGCACACCCAGCAGUCCUAGAGAUGGCCAUGGAAGCGAGUCUUGCCUGCAUCAAGGAAUGGGGAAGGCCAGCCCAAGACAUCACCCACAUUGUCUACGUUUCUUCAAGCGAAAUCCGCUUACCCGGCGGCGAUCUUCACCUAGCCAGUCAGCUCGGCCUGAGGAACGACGUUGGCCGUGUAAUGCUAUAUUUCCUCGGCUGCUACGGCGGCGUCACCGGCCUUAGGGUUGCCAAGGAUAUCGCUGAAAACAAUCCGGGAAGCCGGAUUCUGUUGACUACUUCGGAGACAACUAUACUCGGUUUCCGCCCUCCUAACAAGGAGCGCCCUUAUGAUCUUGUAGGGGCUGCACUUUUUGGCGAUGGAGCUGCUGCUGUGAUUAUUGGAAGCAAUCCAUUAACCGAUCAAGAGUCGUCUCCUUUCAUGGAGCUAAACUAUGCUGUCCAACAAUUCUUGCCAGGGACACAUAAUGUGAUCGACGGGAAGAUCUCCGAAGAGGGCAUAAACUUCAAGCUUGGAAGAGACCUUCCACAAAAGAUAGAGGACAACAUUGAGGAGUUCUGCAAGAAGCUGAUGGCGAAGGGUGAUUUGAAAGAGUUCAAUGAUUUGUUUUGGGCUGUUCAUCCUGGUGGACCAGCAAUUCUCAAUAGGCUUGAGAACACCCUGAAAUUAACAAGUGACAAGCUAGAGUGUAGCAGAAGGGCAUUGAUGGAUUAUGGGAAUGUGAGCAGUAAUACCAUAUUCUAUGUCAUGGACUACAUGAGAGAAGAGUUGACGAGAGGAAGGGAAGAAUGGGGGCUUGCCUUAGCUUUUGGACCAGGCAUUACGUUUGAGGGCAUACUCAUCCGUAGCCUGUAA